UCUUGUUUAUGAAUCAUGGGUUCGGAUUAAGAACGUUUGUUAUGACUUGGGUGUUUGUUCUUCUGAGGAUUUAAAGGUCAAGAUUUAAACUUUUUGGAUUAAUUCAUGAGAGCAUGAGUUUCUGUUGGAUUUUUUUUGAGGUGGACCUGUUUUACCGAUUGAAUUCUAAUUUGGCGUCUGCAAAUGGGAAUUAAAAAAAUUUACCAUGUUUUUUGUCGCUAUUAUCUGCCCGGAUUGUUUUAUGUUCAAUAAUUUGUGAAAUUAUUUUAUUUGAGUGCCAUUUUUGUUGUUCCGAGAUCAAUUCAUUUGAAGAAAUCAAACGAUUGGGGAAUUUAGUAACUUUUUUGCUGUUAAAGUACCUUUCUUUUUGGUAGUAAUUAAUUAGUUACUUUUUCUUCAAAUUAUAAGAUAAUAUGGAAAAGUUGAAUUAAUUAAUUGCAAAAGUGAAUUUUAACUAAAUUGAAAAACGCGGUUCGACAGCCGUGUGCUCAGAAAUUACACGUUUUACUGUUUGUUGGUCUGGGGAUGUUGGAGGAGAAAUUAGUAGUUAAUUAGAGUAGUGGGGCUGUGCUGGUUAGGUUUCACCAGCUGAGUGCUUUUUGUUCUUCGGGUAGAGAAAAGAUGUAGAAUCCUGAUUUAUCUAUGGCGGAGUUACGUGUUUGGUAGACUUGGUGGUUCUGGUGAUUUUUCUUCCAAAGAUCUAACAGAGGGGGCGAUCAAGUCAAGUUUUAGGAACAUAAGGUGAGAAUUAUUCUCUGGGUUGGGUCAAUCAUUUCAUUUCUUUAGAUGAAAACAUCUCAGCAACACCGAGGUGUGGCUAGUAUCCAUCACAAGCUGUACCACCCGCCUGUGCAGCAGAUAGAUGCCUACGGGUACCAGAUUUUGGAAAACAGUGUGUUUCCGGAUACUGGUAGCCAAGGAAACAAUGUUUCCUUUCAAACCGGCAAGGAUGACGAAGAGCAGUUCUUUACCCUGGAAUCAUCUCCAGCCACUGCCUUUGUAACCUGUGAUUCCCCUUCUGCUGUUAGUGGCUUGUCUAACAAGAGUCCAUUUUCACCGCAAGGUUCUCACUCGUGCUUGUCUGAUCAGCACCAUUCGUCUGGCAACAAUUAUGGAUCACCAACAAGUGGGUGCUCCGUAGUUGAGGAUGACAACGAGUUCAAGUACAGGCUCAGGGAAGUGGAAGUUUCAUUGCUAGGGCCCGACUCGGAUAUUGUUGACAGCCACUUUUGUUGUCACAAGAGUGGUAUGGCAAGGUGGAGCCAGAGUCAAAUAGCCACAAUGAUACCUAAGUUAAACCUAAAAGAUGUUCUCUUGUUCUGUGCACACGCGAUAUCCGAAGACGAUUUAUACACUGCAACAAGCUGGAUGGAAGUUUUGGGGCAAAUGGUGUCAGUCUCUGGGGAGCCAAUGCAAAGACUGGGGGCUUACAUGUUGGAAGGUCUUAGGGCAAAGUUGGAAAGAUCAGGGAGUUUAAUCUACAAAGCCCUAAAAUGUGAAGUUCCUACAAGCUCGCAACUUAUGUCAUACAUGUCUGUCCUCUAUGAUAUCUGCCCAUAUUGGAAGUUUGCUUACACGUCUGCAAAUGUAGUCAUUCGGGAAGCGUUGGAGAAUGAGCCAAGAAUCCACAUAAUUGAUUUUCAGAUUGCACAGGGCAGUCAGUGGGUUCCCCUCAUCCAAGAUCUAGCUCGCCGGCCCGGUGGCCCCCCAUGUAUCCGGAUCACAGGUGUUGAUGAUACUCAAUCAGCCCAUGCUCGUGGCGGGGGACUUCAUAUCGUGGGGGAGAGGCUUUCAAAGCUUGCGGCGUCAUGCUAUGUGCCAUUUGAGUUUAAUGCUGCUGCCAGAUGUGGUUCUCAGGUUGAACUUCAUAAUCUCAGGAUUCAACCUGGGGAAGCCAUAGCGGUUAAUUUUCCAUACGUGUUGCACCACAUGCCCGAUGAGAGUGUGAGCACUGAGAAUCACAGAGAUCGUUUGUUAAGGCUGGUUAAGAGUUUAUCGCCCAAAGUUAUGACACUUGUGGAACAAGAAUCCAACACCAACACUUCCCCAUUCUUCUCAAGGUUUCGUGAAAUGGUAGAUUAUUAUACAGCAAUGUUUGAAUCAAUUGAUGUGGCUCGGCCAAGAGACGACAAACAGAGGAUCAACGCAGAGGCGCACUGUGUGGCUAGAGACAUCGUGAACAUGAUUGCUUGUGAAGGGGCCGAGAGGGUGGAACGCCAUGAACCUUUCGGGAAGUGGAGGUCAAGGCUAAUGAUGGAUGGAUUUACUCCAUACCCGCUGAGUCCUAAAGUGACGGAGGCUAUCAGGAUUCUGUUGAAGGAAUUUAACGAGAACUUCAGAAUUCAAGAAGCAGACGGGGCUCUCUACCUCGGUUGGAAGCAAAGAGCCAUGGUAACGUCUUCCGCAUGGAGGUGAACCGGAAGGUGACCGCAAAACACUGUAAAACUUCUGUACUCGUGUUGUUUUAUGACGCUUAGAGCAUGCAGGACUGAUUGUGCAAGUUUUUGUAGGAUCUAGAUUUUUGAGCUUUCUUGCAAGAGUUACUAGUUUUAGGCACAAACGUGAAUCUCGAACUUUGGUGAUGUAAAAAUGUUGGCCUUGCAAAGAAAGCGAAUAGCUCUCACUUUUACUGUAAUUUUACCUUUCUUAUGCUUUGUUGCAUUGCGUUACC